GAGAACGGAACUGGCAACAAAUUUUUGACUUCCUUCUCUCAAUCUCAAUUCUCAAGAGUCUCUGGAUUUAAUUCAACAAAUCCCCUCCAUAAAUAAAUCACAAAUGAGUGUUCUUUUCUUCCUCCUGUUUACAACUGUGUUCUUUUCUCUCCGAUUUGCUGCCUCUUCUCCUGCUGAUCAUAGCUACAAUGUAGGAGAUCCUGUUCCUCUAUUCGUCAACAAAGUUGGUCCCUUGCACAAUCCCAGUGAAACCUACCACUACUACGAUUUGCCAUUCUGUCGUCCAGAUAAUGUAAUUCGAAAGAAAGAAACGCUUGGUGAGGUGUUGAAUGGAGAUCGUUUGAGUAGUGCUUUGUAUGAUUUGAAAUUCAGGGAGGACAAAACUGGGGUCACCCUUUGUAAGAAUAAGCUUAAAGGAGAUGAAAUUUUGAGGUUUAGAGAUGCUAUUAUAAAUGAUUUCUACUUCCAAAUGUACUAUGAUGAUCUCCCAUUAUGGGGCUUUAUUGGGAAAGUUGAACAGCAGAGUUGGGUUCUUAGUAAUAGGGAGUUUAAGUAUUAUCUGUUUAAACAUGUGCAGUUUGGUGUUCUUUAUCAUGGCAAUCGAGUUAUUGAAGUAAGUGCUUUUGGUGAUCCAAAUCAUGCUGUGGAUAUAAGUGAAGAUGUUGAUAUAGAUGUUGAGUUCACUUAUUCAGUUAUCUGGAAUGCGACCUCAGCUCCAUUUGAGACCAGGAUGGGCAAAUAUUCUAGGGCUUCUUUUCAUCCAGUACACCAGCAGAUUCAUUGGUUCUCAUUUGUUAACUCAAUCAUCAUCAUUUUGCUCUUGAUGGGAUUGCUCACUGGGCUUUUUUUGCGGCGUCUCAAGAAUGAUUUGAGAAAGUGUUCUAGUGGAGAUGAAGGGGAAGAUAAAGAGGUUGGCUGGAAGUACAUUCAUGGUGACGUUUUCAGAUACCCACAAAAUAUAUCCUUGUUUUGUGCUGUCUUGGGCACAGGCACUCAGUUGCUGACAAUGGUUUGCUUUUUAUUUGUUUUGGCAUUUGUUGGUGUACUAUACCCUUACAAUCGUGGAGCCUUGUGCUCUUCUUUUGUCUGGGUAUAUACUCUCACAUCUGUGGUUGGGGGUUACACCACAGCUUCUUUCCACAAUCAGUUUGCUGAAACUGGAUGGAAAAGGAGUGUUCUUCUCACUGGGAUUCUGUACCUUGGUCCAUUGUUUGUGAUACUGUCCAUUUUGAAUAUCAUUGCUGUAUCUUAUGGGACCACAGCUGCACUUCCAUUUGGAACCAUUAUGGUGAUACUUCUCAUACACAUAUUUUUUGCUAUUCCAUUGCUUGCCUUUGGAGGGAUUAUUGGGUACUGUUUCAGUUCUGUAUUUCAAGCACCUUCUGCUACAAAGAGGUACCCAAGGGAGAUUCCACCGUUAGGAUGGUAUAGGAAAACACCUGCUCAAAUGUUUCUUGCGGGUCUUUUAACUUGUAGUGCGAUAAUCCUUGAGUUGCACCACUUGUAUGCAAGCUUGUGGGGCUAUAAAAUAUGCACGCUGCCCAGCAUUUUGUUUGUCACUUUCAUCAUCCUUAUCCUACUUACUGCUAUCUUAAGUAUUGGUAUGACAUACAUUCAGCUUUCUGCAGAAGACCAUCAAUGGUGGUGGAGAUCUCUGCUGUGUGGGGGUGCACCAGCCAUUUUCAUGUUUAGUUAUUGCAUCUUCUUCUUUGCCAGAUCAAGUAUGAGUGGCUUCAUGCAGCUAUCCUUCUUCAUUGGGUAUAAUGCUUGCAUGUGCUAUGCAUUUUUCUUGAUGCUUGGUGCAGUCAGCUUUCGUGCUUCCUUCAUAUUUGUUUCCCACAUAUAUCAUGCCGUUAAGAGUGAAUGAACAAUUUCCUUUUAACUUUGGUAAUGGCCUAUCAUCUCUCCAGUAAACUCCUCCUCAAAGGUUUAAGAAAGGGGUGGGGUGGGGGAACUGAGAGAAGGGGGGAGGGGCAAAAUUUAGUCAAUCUUCUUGUAACAUCUUAAGCUUUCCAACACUGGAGGAUAUUGAAACCAAGAUUACAGAAAAGCAAGAGAGAAAAUCAUGUCUUUGCAGCAUUGGAAGAUGUAACCAUUUAAGAGAACUUGAUAUUCAUUACUUUUUAACAGUGAUGCAGGUUGUCUGGGUGCGCAUAUAAAUGCAUCUUAUCAAUUUUUCUGAAAAAGUAACGACAUUGUUAGGGCAGGAUGCAAGCAUUAAUAUGUUCUUAAAAGCUUGUAUAAAUAGAACAUUUUAGAUUCUGCAUCUAUCAUUCUGAGUGAGUUAGUGUGUAUUUUAAAAUUAUUUUUUCUGUUCUCUGCUAUUUUGUAUACUUUGAGUACUUGUUGGCAAUAUACAUUUACUAAUGCUGGAAUGACUUAUCUA